UUGCCUAUAACGAUCUUUGCGCGAUGUUCUUUACUUCUACUCUCGAAAAUCAAAAGUAAGCGAUAAAAUAAAAAAUGAGUGGUGCAUACAACAGCAUAACCCAAAAGCAAAAAAAAAACAAACUUUAUUCAUCCUCGGGUGCAUCUGCGCGAGAACAAAACGUUUGAUUUGGCCACAGUUCAGCUCAGUCCUUCGGUAUCACUCGCACUGGACAGAAGUGGCAAUUGUUUGGUAAAAACGAUGCAAGUGUUUUCUGUGCAAAUUUGGCUAUUAAGUUGUUUGGUGUUAUCUUACGCACAUCCUGCAGAAAACCAUGGUGAAAAAGCAGCUGCGAGCAAAGGAUCGGUGGAUGGUUACGUGGCUUCUUUCGUCGCCACUAGUCUGCAGGAUGAAAACGUGAAUAAUUUUCCACCCGAUUCUAAAUGGCCCGUUCCGCAGAGUGCCGUCGAGUUAGGUUCAUUCCUUACCCAGACUGUUAACAACGAUACUGUGCUUCCCGGUAGCGCUCAGCUUCCCCCUGCUAACGAUCCACAAAUUUCGCAUGUUCCGUUUGCGUACAAACCUGAGCGCCCGAACGUAGUCCAAACGUUGCUGGGUAACGUGCAAGGAAUUAACCAAAGCUCCCAAACAUUCUUCAACAUACCAUCCAGUACUACUACCGAGGCCUCGACGCACACGAACAACACGGCCAUGAGCGAUUCUAUCCCGAACCCAGUGCCAGGACUUAUCACCGCUUCCCAGUCCACCGUGCACAACGCCACAAAUGCAGUGCAGGGAUUUAGCAAUUUGUGGAGUGCGAAUGUGCAGAAUGGAUUUUUCGGUUCAACAAAUGCGCCAAGCAAUAAGCCCAUGAACGAUCCGGCUGCAUCAAACAGCUCGGGAUCGUCCAAUCCCCUUCAAGGCAUCAUCGAUAGUUCCCAGGCAUCGUGGAACAAUGCUACCGGGGUCGCACAGAAUCUGGCCGGCCAAUUUGGUUCCAAUGUUCAAAAUGGACUGUCGAAUGUUUUCGGUAUCAAUUUAAACCGUCCCAAUAACGAUGAACCAGUACGCCCCUUUCGUCCCAUGAUGAAUGAUGAAACAGCAACACAAUCGACAGAAGCUAAUUCCACAGCGGAGGCAACAACUGCAACAACCACAUCCACAACGACUAAGGAACCAACUACUACCGUUGCUGUUUCUUCCACUGCAUCGACUACUACUACUACCGAAAGUACCACAACUACAGUAAACUCUGGCACAUUCUUACCACUGGUGUCUUUUGUGAACAAUACGCAAUCAUUGGUCAAUAGUUCCGUUUUGUUACAAAGUGUCACCGGCCAGCUGACCGGUAACUUGCAAAACGGACUUGGAAAUUUCUUCUUUCCCAGGCCUAGCAAACCAACCAAAGCAAACGCACCGGAUAUUCUCGAACUGGAUGAUGAUAAACGAGCAACCGGUACAUUAAAAACGGUUCGUCCCCCAACGCCCCCAACCUGUCCAACGUGCACCAGCACAUGUUUCUAUAGACCAUUUCAAAAUCUACGAAUCGUUGGUGGAAGCAACGUACAAUCCGCUAGGAAAUAUCCAUGGAUCGCACUGAUAACAUACAAUGGCAUAGCAAAAGGUCAGGGAGCGCUGAUCAAUGAUCGUGCAAUUGUCACAACCGCUAGUGUUGUCGAUAAAAUGUCCAAUAUCAUGAAUAUACGCGCAUUGCUAGGAUAUUAUAAUCGAGCCGGUCCGAACACCACUGUAACGUCAAAUCAAAUAAAAACCACCUACAAGCAUCCCGGCUUCAGCAACAGCAACAAAUUCGUCAAUAACAUUGGCCUGCUUAUACUGAAAACUGCUCUAUCGAACUUCAACCCAAUCUGCCUACCACCUGCAAUAGCCGCCAUUCCUCCCGUUGCAAAAGCUACCAUCAUUGGAUGGGGUGCCACUUAUGCCGGAGGACCAUCAGCCAAUAUUUUGCAGCAAGCCGAGAUACAAUUGUAUCCUCCCUUAAUCUGCAGCAUGGCCUCCUCCGAAACGACUUCGGAAAAUCUCUGUGGAGGUACAACACAGUUUUUAUCGACCGCUGGAGCUACAUGUACGGGAGAUGUCGGUGAUCCUUUAGUAGCGAGGAAUGGCUCGUCUUGGGAACUGAUCGGUGUCGCUAUUGAUACUCCUGAAUUUGAAUGCGGCAAAAAUCGUGCUCCAGCAAUUUUCACUGCCAUUAUACCGCACUUGGAAUGGAUUACCGCCUAUGGAGUGGGCUGUGAGUGUUAUAUGGGAUAACUCUGUUGAGUGUAUUUUAAUCACGUCUACAAAGGGUUACUAUAGAGCUACUGGGCAUCUAGUGCUUAAUAUUACGCUUCUUCGGAUAUACUAAUAAACUUUCUCUUGGUCAAAAUUUACAUUAAAACAACCAUGCUUAAUGCAAAAUGAAUGUAAUGCAACCUUAAUGCAACCAUACUUAAUCGCUGAACGUUCGUUAGGUAUGAGAAUAGGUUUACCGCUACAUUUCGUUUCGUUAGGUGGCCUCUGGCCAAUAUUAUGAGUUCUUUUCUGUUUUUCUUACGUUCACUUAUGUUCACUACUGAAACAAAAAAGUUGUAACGAAUAAAUCAAUCAAAGUAGGUACACAUGACGAUUUGUUUGUGUAAUUUUAUGUAAUAAAACGUAAAAUCAGUGAUUAUUAAGUAAAAAGCGAGAUAAGUGUGUGAAUAAUAUAAAAAUGCUGUUUAGUGAUUUUCGGCUCUGUGGUACAUGUGGAAUCGACGCCUUACACGGAAAGAUCAGAUAUUAAGUCCCGAUCGUUAGGGAGAGCCAUAAAUACCUCCUGAAGUAGCAGAAAAGAAAAAGAAGAGCCACAAGAAAAAUUGCUUUGAUUGGGAAUAUAAUUUGGAUUAAUAAUAGUUAUAAUUUAAGAAUUUUCAAUUGAUCAACGAUUUUCUCUAAUCGCCACUUCAAUAAUACCACACGAAUCAAGAUUGAACUCUCAAAAUGUUUGCUUUAAUUACAAAACGCAUGUUUAAGGGCAAAGCUAGGUUUGCCGGGUAAGAUCACAGAAAAUAAGUCUUGAUACGGUCAGGCCGUUCUAUCCGAGAAAAAAAUGUUUUACUUUGUUAGACAGUAGGCUUUUACGUAUUUUAAUCGCAUUCUGCCUGCAAGAAAGUAAUGUUGUUAUCAAACUGUUAAAGUUACAACGGUUAUAUAUUAUAUUUCUUUUACAAGUGUAACAAUGAGAAACACGUGUGUAGCGUUGUGUUUAUCCAACACAAACGUAUAAAGAAUAUUGAUUUUCUUUCCAAAUAAUGAAAAUAUGCGGCAAUUGAUGCUUUUAUUGCUUUGAAACAAAAGACGUUGACUAGUAUCGUUUUAUUGUGGACGUAAGAUUUUCCGAAGCACAAUUACCAUUGAAGAAGAUGAAUUGCACUCGUGGUUACCAAAUA